UAAUAAUAAUUAUAUAUAUAAAAUUAGAAGCUAAAAGAACAGAAGGGUUGAUAUAGAGCUAAUUUUUAGUCUGUUGAUUUUGGGGGAGAAGAGAGAGAGAGAGAAAUGAGGGAGGUGGUGGUGGUAGCGGUGGUGCUAGUUGUCGGCAUUCUGGUGUUGGGACCGAGUUCUAUCAAUGGCGACACAGAUCAGUCCGACGCUGCUGCUCUUCGGGCCAUGUUUAGCACUUUAAAUUCGCCACAACAGCUAACCAAAUGGAGCUCAAGUAGUGGUGAUCCAUGUGGGGAGUCUUGGAAAGGCAUUACUUGCUCAGGCUCCCGAGUCACAGAAAUCAAAAUAUCGGGUCUUGGACUUACUGGGUCAAUGGGAUACCAGCUCGCAAGUUUGACAGCGGUAACCAAUUUGGAUAUAAGCAAUAAUAAUCUUGGAAACCAGAUACCUUAUCAGCUUCCUCCAAACUGCACGCAACUAAACCUUGCUGGAAAUGGCUUCACUGGUGGCAUCCCUUAUUCCAUAUCGCAGAUGACUUCCCUAAAAUACCUAAAUGUUGGUCACAAUCAACUUCAGGGCCAAGUGAAUGACAUGUUUGGUCAGCUUUCAUCCCUCUCCACAUUGGAUUUCUCAUUUAAUACUCUGACUGGUAACCUUCCUCAAAGUUUUAGUUCCCUUUCAAGUAUGGAAAAUAUGAAUUUACAGAACAACCAGUUUACAGGAACUAUUGAUGUCCUUGCUGGUCUUCCCCUUCAAAAUCUUAACAUUGCAAAUAACCAAUUCAGUGGUUGGAUUCCUUCCCAGUUGAAGAAUAUAAAUCUCCAGAAGGAUGGUAACUCAUGGAGCUCAGGGCCUGCACCCCCACCUCCACCUGGCACACCUCCAGUGCCUAGUGCCAACCGAAACCACAAUUCUGGUGGCAAUAACAACCCAUCUAAUGGGGGUGGUAGUGGUGGUGGCAGCUCAAAAUCAGGUAUAGGGGGUGGAGGUGUAGCUGGAAUAGUGAUAUCCCUUUUAGUUGUUGGGGGAUUGGUAGCAUUCUUUAUUGUGAAGAGAAGGUCCAGAAGGUCAUCCACUGAUGUAGAGAAACUUGAUAAUCAGCCUUUUGCCCCUCUUGCUUCUCAUGAGGCACAAGCGAUUCAAACUCCAUCUACAGUCAUGACAAAAACAUUUGAAACUUCAGCCUCAAUAAACCUAAGACCUCCACCUAUUGAUCGUCACAAAUCAUUUGAUGAAGAUGAUUUCUCAAGGAAACCCAUUGUUCCCAUUGUUCCCAAGAAAGUCCAUACACCUCCAGUAAAUGCUAUGUCAUAUUCAAUAGCAGACCUGCAGAUGGCUACGGACAGCUUUAGUGUUGAAACUCUUGUCGGCGAGGGGUCCAUUGGAUGUGUUUAUCGGGCUCAGUUUGAUGACGGAAAGGUUCUUGCUGUGAAGAAAAUAAAUUCAUCUGCUCUUCCAAAUCACUUGUCUGAAGAUUUUAUGGAUAUAGUUUCAGACAUAUCCCGGUUGCGUCAUCCAAAUAUAACUGAGCUUGUUGGUUAUUGUUCAGAGCAUGGACAGCACCUACUGGUAUAUGAGUUCCAUAAAAAUGGUUCUCUUUAUGACUUCCUCCAUCUCUCAGAUGAAUUUAGCAAGCCAUUGACCUGGAACACACGUGUCAAGAUUGCUUUAGGGACUGCACGUGCACUAGAGUAUUUGCAUGAAGUUUGCUCUCCAUCGGUUGUUCAUAAAAAUUUCAAAUCAGCCAACAUAUUAUUAGACACAGAGCUGAAUCCUCACCUGUCAGAUAGUGGGUUAACGAGCUUUGUCUCAGAUGCAGAUCAGGCAUUAAACCAUAAUGCUGGGUCUGGAUACAGUGCACCUGAGGUUGCCAUGUCUGGUCAAUAUACUAUAAAGAGUGAUGUCUACAGUUUUGGAGUGGCAAUGUUGGAACUUCUUACUGGACGAAAUCCAUUUGAUAGUUCAAGACCCAGAACUGAGCAAUCUUUGGUUCGAUGGGCAACGCCUCAGCUUCAUGACAUUGAUGCUCUGUCUAAGAUGGUUGAUCCAACGCUCAAAGGGCUCUAUCCUGUUAAAUCUCUUUCGCGCUUCGCUGAUGUUAUUGCUCUCUGUGUCCAGCCGGAGCCUGAGUUUCGACCACCAAUGUCAGAAGUGGUUCAGGCAUUGGUUAGGCUGGUGCAGCGGGCCAACAUGAGCAAGAGAACUGUUGGGAAUGAGCAAGGUGCGGCUAGGCAGACUGACAACAGUGACACCCAGGACGACUACUUAGCUUAAAGAGCCAGGGAUUUAUGUCCUCUAUAAAACCGCCUCCCAAACGCCAUGUCUAUGAUUUUUUUCCUUUUUAUUUUUUGUUUGUGUUUUGGUGUUCUCUUUACCUGCCAUGUUCACUUUUGUUGUACUUUUUAAAAUUUUUUUUUUUUUUUUUUUUUAUAGAUUGAACACUUUUGUUGUACUUCGGUUGCUUGAAAUGAUACUGAAAUUGAAAUCGACAAGAUUAGCAGAAAUUGUUUAUAUUUGAAAAUAAA